GAAGGAGGCAGUUGUGAUCUCGGGGAGGAAGCUGGCCCGGCAGAUCCGGCAGGAAGCCCGGCAGGAGGUGGAGCAGUGGGUGGCAGCUGGGAACAGGAGGCCUCACCUCAGCGUGGUGCUGGUGGGCGAGAGCCCUGCCAGCCACUCCUACGUGCUGAACAAGACCCGGGCGGCGGCCGACGUCGGAAUCAGCAGUGAAACCAUCCUCCGACCAGCCUCCAUCACUGAGGAGGAGCUGCUGGACCUCAUCAGCAAGCUCAACAACGACGCCGAGGUGGACGGGCUCUUGGUCCAGCUCCCUUUGCCUGAGCACAUUGAUGAGAGGAGGAUCUGCAACGCCGUGACCCCGGAGAAGGACGUGGAUGGUUUCCACGUGCUCAACGUGGGGCGCCUGUGCCUCGACCAGGACUCCAUGCUGCCAGCCACCCCCUGGGGCGUCNGCUCUGUCUUGCCCCCUGCAGGGAUCCCCACGCUGGGGAAGAACGUGGUGGUGGCGGGCAGGUCGAAGAACGUGGGGAUGCCCAUCGCCAUGCUGCUGCACACCGACGGCAGGCACGAGCGCCCGGGAGGGGAUGCCACAGUGACGAUUUCCCACCGCUACACUCCCAAGGAGCAGCUGAAGCAGCACACGAUCCGUGCUGACAUCGUGGUGGCAGCAGCAGGAAUCCCCAACCUGAUCACUGCUGACAUGAUCAAGGAGGGAGCUGCAGUUAUCGACGUGGGGAUAACGAGGGUGCAGGAUCCCAUCACGGCCAAGUCGAGGCUGGUUGGGGAUGUGGAUUUUGAAGGGGUGAGGAAGAAGGCCAGCUACAUCACCCCUGUCCCCGGGGGCGUGGGGCCCAUGACAGUGGCCAUGCUGAUGAAGAACACCAUCAGAGCUGCCAAGAAGCUGCUGAAACCCAAAGAGCUGGAGGCACUGAGUGUUUAA